GCACCCCGCGUAACAAACGGGGCCUAUAACUCUUGAAGCCUCUGAAUUACACAAAUUGCCUCCAUUAACGUUGAGUGCUACGAGUUUAAAGUUCAGAGCUCUUUCAUGUUGCAGAUUCUAUAUCUUCUAUGGUGCUGCUUCUCCUCGGCUUCUAUUUGUAUGAUUCUAUGUAAUUUUUGCCCACCCAAAAGCAGAGAUUAACUCCUAACCUGUUCAAUCCGUAGCUGUACCUCAACACCUCUGGCUGCUCCUCUCUCUCUCUCUCUCUCGACCUUCUAGCUCACAGUAAUGGGUAACCCUCGUACCCAAAUAGAAGAAGAAUCUCCUACCGAGGUCCAGGUCACCCUUCUUGGUCCAGAACAAACCCAAGAAGAAGAAGAAGAAGAAGAAGAGAAGGAUACCCAACUCGAUCCUAUUCUGCGACGUCUAGAUAUCUUCCUCUGUUUCUUCGGUUUCCAUCAGUCCUCUCUACUGGGCUUCCUCCUCUCUUGGGCUGCAUUUCUUCUCCUGGGUGUUUCAAUCCCAGUUGUGAUACUCAGAGUCUCAAGCUGUUACGACUGCGAAAAGCAUCAGAUUUACAACUUCGAGCUCGACAUCAUCGUCUCUCGGUCGUGUCUUGCAGCAGUUUCCCUUGGCUGUGUUUCCCACAAUCUUCGUAAAUAUGGUAUCCGGAAAUUCCUCUUUGUUGAUCGGCUUCAUGGCCAAAUGCUCAGAUUUCGCAAGGAGUAUACCGAGAAAAUCCAGGGCUUCUUCCGCUUGCUCUUUUUUUGGAUAUUUCCAUGCUUCCUUUUGAAGACUGCGUGUGAGGUCAUUCGUAUUGCAUACGCGUAUCAUGAUUUCUGGUGGCAAUCUGUUGCUAUGUUACUGGCCUCGGUCAUCUCAUGGAUAUAUUUGAUCACUAUCUCUCUAACAGCUUGCCUUCUGUUCAAUUUAGUAUGUAACUUGCAAGUUAUCCACUUAGAAAAUUAUGGGAAGCUUUUGGAAAGGGAUUCUGAUGUUUCAGUCUUCAUCGAGGAGCACCUUCGUCUAAGGCUUCAUCUCUCUAAAAUAAGCCAUAGGUUCCGUAUUUUUCUUCUUCUGGCAUUCUUGGUUGUGACAGCAAGUCAGUUUGUGACUCUCUUCCGGGCUAUGGCAUCCAGAAGAAUCAUCAAUUUCAUCAAUGAGUGUGAUUUUGCAGUCUUCUCAAUUGUUCAGGUUGUUGGAAUAAUUCUUUGCUUGAAUGCAGCCGUCAAGAUUUCCCAUCGAGCUCAGGGAGUAGUAUCGGUUGUAUGUAGAUGGCAUGCACUUUUAACAUGCAAUUCUACUGAUGCUUCUGAAUUAAGAGUCUCAAAUAGCGCGGGGAGCUUGGAGGCCAUGAAUCCAUCUGGUUCAUUACCUAUGAAUUACUCUGAAAGUGAUUUGGAGUCAUUAGAUUAUCUUGCACAUCCCAUUAAUACACAGCCAGUAUCCUAUAUGUCUACAUACCACAAGAGACAAGCCUUUGUAACAUAUUUGCAGUCAAAUCCUGGUGGAAUCACUAUUUUUGGAUGGACGGUGGAUCGGGCACUGAUCAAUACCAUCUUCUUCCUUGAAUUCACAUUGGUUCUUUUUGUACUCGGAAAUACCCUAGGUUUGACUGCGAACUGAUGGUCCCAUAGCCACCAUAUCUUCUCCCCAAACAAGAUGUCUCGGUGGACAAGAAGUAUGAAACCCAAUUACAGAUCUUGGAAGCUUGUGCCGAUCCUUUAACUUAACAGGUAAAAACCUACCUCUGGGAUUUUGUUGAUAUUGCAUCCACUAGAAGAAGUACCUAUUUUCUAUGUUCUUCUGUUGUUUGACCUUUUAUGCUUGUCAAGCCAAGUUGGCCCUACCUCUACCCCCUACAAGACUGGUUGCUGGUAAAUAUUGGCUGCUGUAACAGCAUGAACUCUUACAUAUUACAGAUGCUGUAUUUCCUAAAAGUUAAAUUUUCCAA